CUGGCGAUUGGUGUAGAAGGUGGCUUCUGUUCAGGGCCAAAAUAUGAAAUUGAAAAUGAAUAUGCUAUUGUGGUGCAUCCUCAUUUCAAGACGAAAUAUAGCAUAAACAGCGAAGGUGUCCAGAAGAUGGAGAGAAUUGAAGCGGGCGUUAGUGCUUGGGAUGGAGAAGCUAAAGUGGAUACGAAACAUCUAAAUUUGGAGCAGUUGGAUAAUGGAAAGAAAAUUGCGGAAUCGGGUUGGCAGUGUGAAGAACUGGGUUGUGAUUUGACCGAAAAUUUAUGGCUUAACCUAACGGAUGGUGCAGUGAAAUGUGGACGAUCGCAGUAUCUUCAGGAAGGAGUGAUGAGUGCCGGGCGCAAUCAUAUGCGACUUCAUUUUGAAAAGUAUGCUUUUUUUUUGUUAUAA